GCUGAGGCUUAGCGAGAGAGGAGCUUCCAGCACUUUACCAAAUAUGGCCGGUGUGGGGCGUGAGAGGCAGAUGUCAGAGGUAUGAUGAGAGAUGCCCGCGAGAGCAACAGGAACUGGAAGAAAAACUCUAAAUGUUGCCAUGAAAAGUACCUGAAGAAUAUGUGACAAGCUGCCACAACAGAAUUCAGCGUUCAAGUUUCAUCUGAGCAUCGGACCAUAGAGGCCCCUUCUUAUACUCCUCUCACUUUCACCCGAUCCCAUCAUGCCUUUGAUUGUGUUUCCCUCCUCCCGUCUUGUCUGGGUACGGAUUGCUGCCCUGUUGUUCACAUGUGUGGCCUUCAGCGUGGCCGCUCACGAUCCAGGCCUCCGUAAUGGCGACAUGGCCGACUGGUGCAUCUUCUGCUGGGCCUUCAGUUUUGCCUGCACUUUGGUGGUUUUGCUAGUGGAGCUGUUCAGUCUUCAGGCCCGCAUCCCAGUGUCGUGGUCCAACUUCCCAAUCACCGUCGCCUGUUAUGCUGCUCUGCUUUGCCUCUCGGCCUCCAUUAUAUUCCCCCUCUUCUUCAUCAAGGACCAGACGUUUUAUAACAACGAGGUUCGUGACUAUCGUAUCACAGCCACUGUCUUCUCCUGCCUUGCUGCAUUGGCCUACAUGGGAGAGGUCAGCCUGUCUAAAGCCAGACCAGGAGAGGUGGCAGGUUACAUGGCUACAGCCCCGGGUUUACUGAAGGUUUGUCAGACCUUUGUAGCCUGUAUCAUUUUUAUCCUUGUCAGCAACCCAGUUACAUACAAUCAUCACGCUGCACUCAAAUGGUGCAUGGCCGUGUACUGCAUCUGCUUCAUCCUGUCCAUGAUCGUGGUGGUGCUGUGUUUGGGGGAGUGCACUGGCUGGCUCCCCAUUCCCUUCUCCAAAUUCCUGUCAGCGUACGGACUCCUGGCCGUCAUCAUGUACCUCACUGCGUCCAUCAUAUGGCCGGUCUUCCAGUUCGACAAACAGUUCAAUAGGGGCAGCCAACCAUCAUCAAAAGUGAUCGCCGCAGCCGUGAUGACGUGCCUCAACUUCCUGCUGUACCUGGCCGACCUGGCCUACACAGCCAGACUAGUGUUUGUGAGUGCUUAAGGGAUAUGUUGUCCUCAAACAUUAGAAUUCCUAGGCCAUAAUUGAAAAUUUUAAAUGAGUUUCCAGUAAAGUCAAUCUAAGAAUU